GAGGGCGGGGCUAGCGUGGGGACUUCCCCUGGGCUGAGCUGCGCAGCGGGGUUUUGGCCAAAUUGGGCGAGGGCACAAAAUAACCACUUACCCCUUCUCACCGAGGAAGAACGGGAGAAAGGGUAUGGCACAGUCACAAGGCUGGGUGAGGAGGUAUGCCAAGGCCUUCUUUAAGGGCUUUUUUGUGGCGGUGCCCGUGGCCGUGACUUUCCUGGACCGGGUGGCCUGUGUGGCAAGAGUGGAGGGAGCAUCAAUGCAGCCUUCUUUGAAUCCUGGGGGGAGUCAAUCAUCUGAUGUGGUGCUUUUAAACCACUGGAAAAUGAGGAAUUUUGAAGUACAACGUGGUGACAUUGUGUCAUUGGUGUCGCCUAAAAACCCAGAACAGAAGAUCAUUAAAAGAGUGAUUGCUCUUGAAGGAGAUAUUGUAAAAACCAUCGGCCACAAAAACCGGUAUGUCAAAGUUCCCCGGGGUCACAUCUGGGUUGAAGGUGAUCAUCAUGGACACAGUUUUGACAGUAAUUCUUUUGGGCCGGUAGAAGAAAUUGGAUCUGGUCUAAGCAAAUGCUUUACUGAAAGUUUUCUUAGAUUUGGCAUGUGCUGUGGAAUCAGGGUAAACAGUAGUUUCUCUAGGACUUCUACAUGCCCAUGCUACACACAUCCUGUGGCCUCCAGAGCGCUGGCAGAAAUUGGAAUCUGUUCUUCCUCCAGAGCGCUUGCCUGUUCAGAGAGAAGAGGAAUGAUGGCAUGGAGCUCCCUCAGCUGCUGGCAUUGGGAGGCCCCCACCACCCAUUGCAGAAGGGGUGGAGAGGAGGAGCCUUCAGAAGGGCAAAGCUUGUUUCAAAUGAAAUGAUCCACAUUAUUAAAGAGUUUUAAAAUAUUACAUAGUAUUAAAUAGCAACUGAUUUUGUGUUUAAUUGUAAUACCCUAUUGUUUAAUGCCAAAAAAUUGCAGACCUUUGGGAAUAUGAAAAUUAAUGUUUGAUGAAAAUAAUUUAGUAAUGUCAUUUACUCUUAAGUGAGAACAUGAAAAAACAUAGUGAUGGGAAUUAUACUGCAAUUGACAGUAUAUACAAUGCAGUGACUCCUGGUUAAGAAGAACAGUACACUGUGAUGUAAAAAUAAAACAGUGAUUUCCUCAGGUACUGUUUUGGGUAUUUAUCCUUUAACCUGUACCUCCAUUAAUAAGGAAUAUUUUAUCUUUUUUUUUUAAGCAAGGAAUUAAAGGAGAACCAAUUCCAUUAAUACUUCCAUACAAUUAAACCUUUCUUAUUAGCCCUUUUAAAUCAAAACUUCUGAGCUAUCUCUUGCCUGCCUGUUCACAUUGAUGAAUAAAACUAUCAGUAUUCAGUCACUAUUUGGUAAAAUGUUCCGAGUGAAAUGAAAAAAAGUCAGUCCUCGUUGACCAAGUUUGAUUUCCGCCCCCCAAGGAUUUUCAGUGUUUACAUCUGUAAAUACUGAAAUCACCAAUUGGAAAGUGGGGUAAUCACAUAAUAGAUCCUGUAACUGCAGAGGAAAGGAGGUAAAUUCCUUCAUACAAGUCUAUAUUUAUUCUUGCAAAUGUGGAUGCAAACUUCCUUAGUGGCCAGGAAUGCAAAGAGUAAAAAAAAACCAUAUGUAUAUUAACAGCAGCUGUUACUAAUAAUUAAUUAGCAUUAUAGUAGCUCAUUCAACAAAUAUCAGUGAGUACUUAUGUACUAAGGUUAUGUAUAAUCAAAAGUAUUGUUUUUAAAAGUAGAUUGGCUUAAAAUCUUGUUGAACCCUUAUCAAUUCCAUUUCUCUCUAUUCCCCAACUUGUAUUUUAUGCUCUGGCCUUUAACUUCAGUUUACUGAAUACUCAUUACUAUUUUAAGGUUUGUAACUUCUUUUGUCUCUAGGCAAACUGCAUCCGCUGGGAUUAUAUGUAAAAUACUGAGAGAGAGUGCUUAAGGGCACUGACCCUUUAGUUGCUAGAAAACAGUAAAUUCUGGGGCCCACAGAAGAGGGGUUUGGAGGUGAUACUGAGGGCAGGCAGGGUAGAGCAAAUAGAGCAGUUCUGGGAAUAACUGCUAUUUACCACCUGGUGAAGAAUUUGAUAUUUUAACAGUUCAGCAAACGGGUUAUCCUCCUUGCCACCUCACUCACUACCUGUAUGAUUCCUAUUAAUUCAAAAUUGUAAAUCUUCAGAAGAUAAAAGCUCUUUGAUUUCAUAUUCUCUAGCCAUCUAACACAUCACCAGCAGAGUUAAUACUUGUCAAACAACUCAGCUUAUAAAUUACGUCCUCAAAAAUGCAACUCUAGGCCAACUUAAUCACUGUGUUGUCCAGUAUAUACAGUAUAUACUUUCCUAAGUGCAUCAAUCACCUAUUAUUAACCAAUGGGGAAAGAACUCUUCCCCAGCUACCAUCCCCAGGACACAGCAAGAGGCAACAGACCCAAGAGCCCGUCUUUCUGUGAAAAAGGCCUGUUAGCUUAUCUUCAGAUUAAACACACAUCUCAGGGCUGACUGAUCCUUUUCAGAGACCUCAGAAGGCAGGCAUUAUCUUUGUACUUUUGGCCGUGUUCCAAAGUACCAGAAGCCUAUAUAUGCAUGUCUGGUGCCUUGUUGUUUUGGGUUUUUUUUGUGGCUGCUGCCCAGGAGACACUUCUUGAUCACCCAGCUGUGGUAACAAUCUGAAAGAGAGUUCUUGUCUGGCUACACCCCCAGGACACAACACAGGUAGCAGACUGAAACACACCACAUUCUUUUGUUAAAGAGGCCUAUUUGCUUGUCCUGGAGCUUUGGCCAGAGGGGCACACAUAGGGUCUGGUACAGAGCUAGGGGCCUAAAGAGGUAGGAAUGCCAAGGAUAGAGGUCAGUGCACACCAUCUUUGCACUCUCCCUCUGCCUCACUCCAGGGUUCCAGCAACUCUCAGAAAGGAAAUUAUAUGCUUGUCUGCUGCUCCAUUUUUUUUUAUGACUGACACCCAGGGGACACUUCUACAUUGUCUGGCUGUUGUGGCCAGCAAGAUUAUACUUGUGGUCCCACAGAACUGUACACAUUUGCAUACUUCAAAAGCUGCUGCCUAAGGGUUUGGCUUCCAAAGAGCCUGAGUCUAGGUGCUAAGAUUCCCCCAACCCCACCCCAGGAGCCAUGACAGGUCUUGGCAUACCUUCAAAUACAGGGAACCACCAGAAAUAAAAUAGGUUGCUUAGACAAUCACAAAGGUUUGAGAGACAACCAAGAGCUAGAGAAGGGUAGGAGGGUAAGGUUCAUCUCCUAAACAGGUCUCUCCUUCAAGACUGGGAGGGAUGGCAGCUAAUGCAUAGAGACCAACAGAGUCAUGAAUAUGAAGAAACAGGAAUAUGUCCCAAAUGAAAAAACAAGAUAAAAACCUCAUAAAAAGUCCUUGAUGAAAGAGAUAUGAUUUAACUGUUAAAAAUUCAAAAUAACAGUCAUAAAGAUGCUCACUGAACUCAGGAGAAUGCAUGAACAACUAAGGAUUCAACAAAGAAAAAAUAUAAUGACAGAAGUCACAGAGCUUAAGAAUCCAAUAAGUGAGCUGAAAAACUUGAGGGUUUCAACAGCUAACUAGGUAAAGCAGAAGAAACAAUGAAAUCAAAGCCAAGGUCAUGGAACUCAUCCAAUCAGAACAGGAAAAAGAACAAAGAAUUAAAAAAAAAAAAAAAGGAAAACUUGUUUAAGGGACUUAUGGGACAACAUCUGAUGGACUGAUAUUCAUGUUAUAGGGGUCCCAGAAGGAGAAGAGAGAGAUGGGCAGAAAACUUAUUUGAAGAAUCAGUGACUGAAAAUUUCCUAACAUGUGGAAAAAAACAGAAUUCCAGAUCCAGGAAUCUCAGAGUUCCAAAGAAGAUGAAUCCAAAGAGACCCUCACCAAGACACAUAAAAUGUCAAAGUUAAAGAUGAAAAGAAAAUCUUACAGGCAGCAAGAAAAAGCAACUUAUUGCAUACAAGUAACUCCAUAAGACCAUCAGAUUUUUCAGCAGAAACUUUGAAUAUAUCAUCUCAUUCCCUCUGGCCUGCAAAGUGUUGAAAAAAAAAAAAUCCUUCAAUCAAGAAUCCUCUACUUGGCAAAGUUGUCAUACAGAAUUGAAGGGGAGAGAGUUUUCCAGUCAAGCAGCAGCUAAAGGAGUUCAUCAAGACUAAACCAGACUUACAAAAAGUGUUAAAGGGACUUAUUCAAGCUGAAAUAAAAGGGCACCCAUUAGUAAUGGGAAAAUGUGAAAGUACAAAUCCCAUGGGUAAAGGUAAAUAUACAGUGAAAUCCAGGAAUGCCUGCCUGGCUCAGUAGGAAGAAUAUGCAACUCAAUCUCGGAGUCAUGAAUUUGAGCCCCAUGUUUGGUGUAGAGAUUACUUAAAAACAUAAGAUAAAAUCCAGAAUAAUAAUAGAAAAAGUGGUAGAUUAAUCACUUAUAAAGCUAGUAUGAGGGUUACAAGACAAUAUGGUAGCUAUAGUUACUUUUAUUAUUAAUCAGUUAAGGAAUACAAAAGAUAAAAAUGUAAAAUGAUGUAAAAUAUGACAUUAAAACCAUAGAAACUGGGGAGGGAAAAGUAAAAAUGUAGGGCAUUAGAAUGUGUUUAAACUUAAGUUGUUAUCAACUUAAAACAGACUUAUAAGUUGUUAUAUAUAAGCCUCAUGGUAACCACAAAGCAAAAACCUAUGUAGAUACACCAAAGAUAAAGAGAAAAGAAACAAAGUGUACCACUAAAGAAAAUCAUAAAAUCACAAAGGAAGGGAACAAGAGAAGAAAGGAACAAAGGAAUUACAAAACAUACAGAAAAUAAAAUGUCAGUAAGGACAUUGCCUACCAGUACUUUAAAUGUAAAUGGAUUAAAUUCUCCAUCAAAAGACAGAGUAGCUUAAUGGAUUUUUUAAAAUAUUUUAAAGAAAGAAAGGGAGCGAGAAAGAGUCGGGGGGGAGGGGCAAAAGGAGAGGGGAGAGAGAGUCCAAGCAGAGUCUGCACUGAGCAUGGAGCCAAUGCAGGGCUUUAGCUCACGACCCCAAGAUCAUGACCUGAGCCAAAACCAAGAGUCCGAUAUCAACUGACUGUGCCACCCAGGCACCCCUGGAUUUUUUUUAAAAGACCCAUUUAUAGGCUGCUUAGAAGAGACUCACUUCAGUUUUUUUUUUUAAAGAUUUUAUUUAUUUGACAGAGAGGGAACACAAGCAGGGGGAGAGGGAGUGGGAGAAGCACACCUCCCGACGAGCAGGGAGCCCAUUGCAGGGCUCGAUCCCAGGACCCUGGGAUCAUGACCUGAGCCGAAGGCAGGCAAUUAAUGACUGAGCCACGCAGGUGCCCCUCACUUCAGAUUUAAGGACACACACCCACCCACACAAAGUCAAGGGAUGGAAAAAUGUAUUUCAUGCAUAUGGAAAUCAAGAGAAAGCCAGGGUUCCUAUACAUACUUUAUACACAAACACACACACAUACUUAAUAAGAGGCAAAGAAGGGCACUGCAUAAUAAAUCAGAAAUGAAAAGGCAGACCUACUCAUAGUAGACUAUUAGGAACAAUUAUAUGUCAAUAAUUGGACAACCUAAAAGAAAUUGAUAUAUUCCUAACAACAUACAGCCUACCAAGACUGAAUUAUGAGUAGAAAAUCUAAACACAUCAAUUACUAGCAAGGAGAUGGAAUCAAUAAUCAAAAAUUCUCAACAAAUAAAAGUCAGGACCAGAAACCUUCACUAGUGAAUUCUAAUAAACAUUUAAAGAAUAAUUACUGCCAGUCCUUCUCAAACUUUUCUAAAAAAUAGGAGGGAGAACUUCCAAACUCAUUUUAAAAUACCAGUAUUACCCUGACACUGAAACCAUACAAGGAUGCCACAAGAAAAGAAAAUUACAGGUCAAUAUCCCUGAUAAACAUAGGUGUAAAAGUCCUCAAAAAAUAUUAUCAAACUGAAUUCAACAAUACAUUAACAGGAUCAUACAUUAUGAUCAAGUAGGGUUGCAAAAUUGGUUUAACAUUUGCCAAUCUAAUAAUAUGACAUUAACCAAAUGAAGGAUUAAACUCAUAUGAUCAUUUCAACAGGUACAGAAAAAAUACUGGAUAAAAUUCAACACCCAUUUAUAACAAAAACUCUCAAUAAAGUGGACAUAAAGGAAACAUGUAUCAGCAUAAUAAAGGCCAUAUAUGAAGAGCCCACAGGUAACAUCAUACUCAGUGGUGAAAAGCUAAAAGCUUUUCAUCUAAGAUCAGGAACAAGACAAGGAUGGCCACCCUUGCUCCAUUUUUUUCAAUAUAGUAUUAGAAGUUUUAGCCAGAGCAAUUAGUCAAGAAAAAUAAAUACAAGGCAUCUAAAUCAGAAUGGAAGAAACUGUCACUAUUUAUAGAUUGUUAUUAUAUAUAUAGAAAACCCUAAGAACUGCACCAAAAAGCUGUUAGAAUUAAUCUACAAAUCCAGUAAAGUUGCAGGAUACAAAAAUCAAUAUACAAAAAUCCAUUGUGUUUCCAUACACUAAUAAUGAACUAUCAGAUAAAUUUGUUUAAUCCCAUUUACAAUUGUAUCAAAAAAGGAUAAAAUACCUAGGAAUAAAUUUACCCAAAAUGAUGAAAGCUCUGUACACUAAAAACUGUAAGACACUGAGAGAAAAAGAAAACAGAAAUGGAAAGAUAUUCCAUGCUCAUAGAUUGGAAGUAUUAAUAUUAUUAAAAUAUUCAUGCGGGCGCCUGGGUGGCUCAGUUGGUUAAGCGACUGCCUUCGGCUCGGGUCAUGAUCCUGGAGUCCCGGGAUCGAGUCCCGCAUUGGGCUCCCUGCUCGGCAGGGGGUCUGCUUCUCCCUCUGCCCUCUUCCCUCUCGUGCUCUCUGUCUCUCAUUCUCUCUCUCUCAAAUAAAUAAAUAAAAUCUUUAAAAAAAAUAAAAUAAAAUAUUCAUGCUACACAAAGCAAUCUAUAGACUCAAUACAGUUCCUAUCAAAAUUCCAAUGGCACUUUUCACAGAAAUAGAACAAAUAAUCCUAAAAUUUAUAUGGAACCACAAAAUACACCCCCCCCCCCCAGCCCCAGCCAAAAGCAAUCUUUAGAAAGGAGAACAAAGCUGGGGGUAUCAUGCUCCCUGGUUCAAACUAUACUACAGAGCUAUAGUAAUCAAACCACUAUAGUAUUGGCACAAAAACAGACACAUAGAUCAAUGAAACAGAACAGAGAGCCCAGAACUAAACAUCACAUAGAUAGUCAAUUACUUUCUAACAAAGGAUCCAAUAAUAUAAAGCAUGGAAAGGACAGUCUCUUCAAGAAAUGCUGUUGGGAAAACUGGAUAGCCAUAUGCAAGAAAAGUAAGCUGGACCACUAUCUUAUACCAUGCACAAAAAUUAACUCAAAAUAGAUUACAGACUUGAACAUAAGAGCUACAAUUGUAAAACUAGAAGAAAACAUAGGCAAUAGGCUCCUGAUGUCAGUACUGGUGAUGAUAUUUUGGAUUUGGCACCAAAUGAAAAGGCAGUAAAAGCAAAAAUAGACAAGUGGGACCACAGCAAAGAAAAAACCAUGAACAAUGUAAAAAGGCAAUCUGUUGAAUGAGAGAAUACAUUUGAAAACCAUAUAUAUAUGAUAAGGGGUUAAUAUCCAAAAUAUAUAAGGAAUUCAUAUACCUUAAUAGCAAAACAAAGCAAAAUCUAAAAAAUUAAAAAUGGGCAGAAGAUCUGAACAGACAUUUUUCUAAAGACAUACAGAUGGCAAACAGACACAUGGAAAGAUGCUCAAUAUCACUAAUUAUCAGGAAAAUGCAAAUCAAAGCCACAAUGAGAUGUCACCUCAUAGCUGUUAGGAUGCCUAGAAUCAAAAAGACAAGAAAUAAGAAGUGUUGAUGGGGAUGUAAAGAAACCCUGUGCACUAAUGGUAGGAAUGUAAGCUGGUGCAGCCACUAUGGAAAACGGUACGGAGGUUCCUCCAAAAAUUAAAAAUAGAACUAUCACAUGAUCUAGAAAUUCCACUUCUGGGAAUGGGUAAAGAAAAUACGUUGUAUGUAUCCAAUGGAAUAUUAUUCAGCCAUAAAAAGAAGGAAAUAUCACUGUUUUUGACAACAUGGAUGGGCCUUGACUGUACUAUACGAAGUGAAAUAUGUCAGAGAGUAACAAAUACUAUAUCUCUCUUAUAUGUGGAAUCUGAAAACAAAACAAAAACAAAAUUAGCCCACAGAUACAGAGAAAAGAUUGGUGUGUUGGCAGGGCAUGGGGAUGGGCAAAAUGGGUAAAGGGAGGUCCAAAGUACAAAUUUCAAGUUAAAAAAUAAAUAGGUCAUAGGGAUGUAAUGUAUAGCAUGGUGACUACAGUUAGUACACUGUAUGGCAUGUUUAAAAAUUGCUUCAGAGAACAGAUCUUAAAAGUUCUUGUCACAGGAAAAAUUUUUUUUUAACUAUGUGGAAAUGGACAUUAUUGUAGUGACCAUUUCAUAAUGUAUAUAAAUACUGAAUUAUGUUGUCCAUCGGAAACUAAUACAUUGUUACAUGUCAAUUAUACCUCAAAUAAUAAUUAAAAAAAAACAAUUUGGAGACAUCAGGGUCGCCAGUUUGGGUCUUCAUUCCUUGGUAUCCUAUAAUUCUCUCCUCUCCCACUAACUCCAAGAGGUAGAAGUGAGCCAAACUACAGAUUUUCCAGCAAGAGCCACCCUCCCACACUACCCAUUAUCUUCCUUAAAGCUUUAAGAAUUAACCUCUGUUAAAAAUGUGUAUUUUAAAAGUCAGAAAUCUCUUCAGAAACUCUCACAAGUGCCUUUUGAUAAACAAAAUCCUCACUCUCUCCUUCAAUGGUAUGGCAGAGACUAAACAGUUCAUCAAAAUCAUCUUCCUCUUUUUCCUAAACAUUACUGAGUUAUGUUUUGUAGGUUAUGACCAUGUACCUGAGUUCUUGCCAACUCAGAUUAUGAUUAAAAGUGACUGUAAUGUACCUGGGACAUAAAACUUCUUGCAAGCUCCUCCAGGCUUUUCUCAUUUCUUCCAGUGGGAUAUCCAUGAUUAUAAGACCCUAAUGGUAACAGAAACACGGAAAAAUGUAUGGGUCUCUGAAUGAUCAUCUGAAAUAGAACAAACCCAAUUUGAACUUCCUCCCAGUACCAGUGAGUGAGCAAGAAACAAAUUUCUAUUGUGUAAAAUCACUGAAAUGGUGAAAUCUGUUCGCACAACCAAGUCUACCCUAAUUAAUGUAGGUUAUUUAACAAAGGUUUCUGUAGAAAAAAAUUCUUAGUGUAGCUUUAAAAAGAAUUGUCUUUGGGUCAGCUUUGCUUUGGGCCAAGACUAUCAUGUCCAUCCUUAAGAGGUUAAGGUUUCCAUUUGCCAAAUUUGAUAACAAACCUUAUAUACAUUUUCAGUCUGAAAAUCAGCUCAUUACUCAAUUUUUGAUCUUCAAAUAUGCAAGACACCAUCCUGAACCAUUUUGAUAUACACACAACUGGACAGAUAAUAGAAUGUGAACUUUCACUUGGCAGGACAAAAUGGAAAGGGUAUCAAAUUCACUGGGGAAAUAUAUACCAAAUUCAGGAGAAAUAGUGUCUAUGUUGAAUAGUUUACAUGAUCACAGAGAUUUAACUUGUUUUCCACAUUAAUUUGACCUCAUAUUUAUGUUGAAGUUAUAGAAAUUAUAGAAAUUUUAUUAGAUUUAUACACCUUUAAUCACAAGAUUAGCAAAUCUUUAUUCAGUCCUAUUAGAGCACAAGAAAGUAGGAUCCAAUCCCCAGAUGUAAAGAUUCCAGAUUUACCCAUUACAGAGCUGGAAGUACACGCAAAGAACCUAAGGACCCUAACCAGAGAGUUCAUCUCCAGACACAGCAUCCAAAGGGUGAAAAUAAGUAAGGUCCCUCUGACAUUCUCUAACACAAGUCACCAGUUCCACUCUUCAUUCUUCUCACAAAACUUAUAUCCUGAAUUUUUGACGAUUCUCCAAGAUCGCAGAAUAAAAUGGGAGUACUAAGUGUACCUAUUUUCCCUUCAGAUCAUCCCAACCCCACUCCUCCUUUCUGCAAAAACGAAAUUAUUCUCACCAAUUUUCCCAUAUUGCUGCACUUUCUGCCUUCUUUACCCAGAGCAUUACUCUUUCUGGACAGACGUCAUAGAUAAAAAUGCUGUCCAGACUCCAAACCACAGCAUAUCUCUAUUCCCUUCCCACUAUAUUUAUCCAAUUCACCUUCUUAAGAGAUGAGUUCAUACCUUCUUUCACAAACAUUUUACACCUCUCUUAAUGCUCACCCUCAACUAAUGACUUUGCUUUCAAUCUAAUGAGAAUAUAUAAAGAAUAAGAAGAAUCCAUGUACUCUGCUUCCUUCCUGUUCUUAUGGAUAAACUAAUUAGAAUGCACUUUUCCAUUUUAGAAAAUUAAAUUCAUGGCUGGGAAGAUAGAUAAAUUUGAACAUACAUCCAGACUGCAGUACAAAUUACUUGAAAAAAAUGUAUAUAUAAGAAUUAUCUUAUGUCCAACGUGUCCUAGAUCCAAGCUCUCUAACCUAGUCAAGGAAAUUCCUCCAGUAACUGGCUUUUUUCCCUUAUAUCAUCAAUUUUCCUUUUCUCCUAAUCAUUCCCAUCAGCAUAUAAAUAUGGUUUCUCCCACCUAGCAGCUCUUUCUCUUGACACAUGCCCCCUUGUAGUCUAGUCACUGUUCUAGAUCUCUUCUCCCUUUAUAAAAUAUCUCCUCAAAAGAGUUGCUCACACACCUGGUCUCUAGUAUCUUCCCUACUAUUUCCUUUGAAACCAAAGCCAUUCCAGUUUUGACUUCCACCACUCAACUAUAAUCUUUCACGUCAAGGUCACUGAAAACUCCAGUAUGCCAAAGUCAAUUCUCAGCUCACAUUUUACUUGACCUUUCAACAAUUUGAUACUGCUUUUUGUUCUCUCCCCUUAUAUAUUUUAUUCACUUGCAUCCUGGGAAGUAUUUCUUGGUGUCCCUAUACUUCACUAAAAAUGGCUACCCAGUAGCCUUGGUAAGUUCCUUCUCAUCUUCUCACUAUUAGCAUCCUCUAGGGAUCUUUCAACCUCUUUUUUUUAUGUACAGUCAUCCCAUUAGUAAUCUCUGAGCCUGGGGGAGAGGAGGGUUUCUGCUCAGGAUGCUUUAACCCUGGAGCCAUCUGAGAAUUACAACUAGAAAAAUAAUUCAUUGUGAAAUAUUUUCUUCCAUUCCACUAGCUGCUUUUUAAUUUUCUUGAUUUUUUCCUUUGCUAUGCAGAAACUUUUUAGCUUGAUGGUGGUAAUUAUUUCACAAUGUCUAUGUAUAUCAAAUCAUCACACUGUACACCUUAUAUAUUUUUAUUUGCCAAUCAUACCUCAAUAAAGCGGAAAAAAGAUAAAAGAAUGGACAGUAAAAAAUGGCUUUCACUUUUCAAAACUAGAUAUGAGUAUUAAAAUCACCUGGAAAAUAUUCUCAAACCUAUUUCCAGAGACAAGAUCAUUCCAAAACACUCUUUGAGUGAAGAAAUUUGAAAUUCCCAUAAUAUUUUUAAAUUAAAUGUAAAGAACCAAGCCCUUUUUUAGUAGAGUAUCUUACAUGUGCAAUAGAGAAAUGAGUCUAAUUCUGUGCUAACCCCCACCAAUCAUCAACAUAAUGACAAUGGUGAGAGGUGUAUUGUGGCUACGUAGGAAGAUGUGAUUAUUCUUAGGAAAUACAUGUGGAGGUAUUUAGGGCUAACUACUAUUAGGGUUAUUGCUAGGUAUUCUAUAAAAGUGUUUAAAUUGUUGAAUGUAAGGGAGGGGCAUAUAGGUGCUCGUCCCAUCAUUCUUUCAAUUUUUCUAUAGGUUUGAAAGUUUUCAAUAUUUUAAAAAUGGGAGUGGGGAGGAGGAUAUAAGAAAUAAGGAUAAAGCAAGAUCUUUCUGCUUUACUGCUCUCCCUCCACACCUUCCUGGAAAAAGUAUAAAUAACACCACGACAAUAAUAUUGCAAUCUGUUUCAGUACAGUCUCCAUGCUGCUCUUUCGGGGAUUAGUUUAUAUUUUGGUUUUUUCUUUUCCUUCUAUAACAAGUAAGUCUUCCUAAUUACUUUCAUAUAUCAUCUGCAAGAAAAACCAAGAUAGAAAACUGGGAAAGGGGAAUCCAUCAUGAAAAAAACCAUUCUUUAGAACAGCUUCCAGGAGUGCUUACUAUUCAUGAUUCUAUUUUCUAUCUAUGUUUUACUCUCCCCUCUUGCCUGGCUUCCAUUCAUUUGUUCUGUGCGUGGUUUGGGACAGGUGGAAUGGAGAACAGUGGAAUUCACGUGUAGAGAAUUGAACAGUGAGUGGAAGCAGGGAAGGAGGGGGAAAAGGAUGAGAAAAGACUAACAGAGUAACAAGUACAGUCAGAGGGAAAGUGAAUGAUUUUCAGAUUUUGUAGGACUAUUAAGAAGUCUUCCUUUCUGAGAUGAGAUAUAGUCCCCUCAGUCAUAAGAGUUCUUUCUGUCCUAAAUUGUUUUUGUGUUUCUGAGGGGAAAGGGUAUAAAUGGUUGUGAUUAGAAAGAGGAAUUGAAACAUCUUGAAAGUGAGGUAGAUUUGAGGUUGGCAGGGGAAAAAAGGCAAUAACCAUAAUGGAAAGAAAGUUGGUGGGGGCAUUUUAAACAGUGACUAGUGUGAACUCAAACCAGCCUAAUUCCCCAUCCCUGGGUUAAACAAUACUGAGGCUGAGCAAAAAUUAACAUAGUUGCAGUAACUGUUCUGGAAAUUAAGAUGGUGAACCGACCAGACAGCUUACUCAUCAAGACUAAUUCAAGACUGUCACUUUGCUUUGUCCACUAAUCCAACACUAUUAUGUCAUAUUAUGUCAUCUUGUCUAGUCCUAAGAAGUUCCCCCUUCUUGUCAGAUCCAUCUUAAAGUGAUAUAUCCCAGGUCCCAAAUCCUUUUCUUUUUUUUUAAGAGUUUGUUUGUUUGUUUGUUUAUUUAUUUAUUUAUUGAGACAGAGAGAGUGAGAGAGAGAGCACAAGACCGGGUAGGGUCAGAGGGAGAAGCAAACUCCCUGCUGAGCAGGGAGGUCGAUAUGGGACUCCAUCCCGGGAUUCCGGGAUCAUGACCUGAGCUGAAAGCAGUCACUUAACAAACUGAGCCACCCAGGUGCCCCCAAAUACUUUUAAAUACCCUCUUGUAAUGUCUCCAUUUUGAAAUAUCAUUAAUAAACUUUUGGGCAAGUUCUGUUCUCCCUUACUGCAGUACAUCUACAGGUGUGGCUUUGUUUAAUCAAGUUUUUCUGGUGGUCUUUUGAGAAGUUGGCAGUCAACACAUAGAAGAGGGAUGUUAUACAACUAGAGAAGGCCUGACAAUCGAGAAAGAAAAGGCAUUUAGGUAGUCGUGAGAAAGAAAAAAUAUAUGAGGAUAUUAUAGGUAAGAGAAUUGGGAGUUUCUAAAAAUAUAUAUAAUCCUAAUAGUGAAAAUUUUGAGAUACUUUGAGCAGAGAAUUUCAGGAGAUAAAAUGUUUGAAUUCCUUUCUUGCUACAGAAUUUUGAGAAAAUAAUUUUUUAAGACUCUUUAUUAAAAUUCCAUCAAAAAAUACCUUGAGAGCAGACUGUUGGCCUAAAUCCUCUUACUUCCUUGUGAGGCCUAUCCCUUCUGGAAUCUAACACCUUUCUGAAAAGCAAAGCAUUAUUUUUGCAGAAUUCUCCAUGGUCUUUCCCAUGCCAUUCCUAUUCUGCCAGCAUGCAGGGGUAUUAUGAGUAGAGCAAUUUCUCCAUUAACUUAGCACUGAAAUCUCCAAGAUCAUUGUCUUUAUAUAAGGUACAAGUCAAGACCCCAAAACACUAAAUGGCUCACAGCUGUUUUAUAUUAAUAGAAGGCACAUCCUAAUGCACAUCUCAUAGUCUAAAUCUUUAUUUGCCAAGAACUGGAAUACUGAAUACAUAGAAAAUAAAAACUAUUACUUUUUUCUCUAAAAAAUAUAAUUCAUAGGCCAAAUGCUAAUUCCCUACCAGAAUGUCCAAGCAAUAUUUUUAAAAGUUACUCACACCACAGGUUACAAAGAAAACAUGGACAAGUUCCCCAAACAGAAAUUAUGAUAAUCACAUUUUCUGAUAAGAAUUUAAUAAAGCAAUUAUCAGAAUUACAUAUAUGCAUGCUCACACACAUACACAUACUGAGCAAAUUGGGAACCUAAAAAAAUCUAACCUUAAAAAAAAAAAAAUCCCUAAACUUAGAGGUGAAGAAAUAUAUAAAUAGACAAUUUAGAAUAUAACUGAAAUAAAACGGUAUACAUAAAAAUUAAAAAAUGCAACCAGAGUGUGCUGAGAGGAAAUUUUUUUUUUUUAUUUUAAGGACAGGGAGAUGUAGCGAGAGGAAAAUUUUUAUAACUCUUUUUAUAAUAUUUAAAAAGAAAAUGUAUAGAGGAAAUUUAUUAAGUGUUUCACUCAAAACCAGAAAUAAAAUAAAGGCAUAAACUUAAAUUAAUGUACAAAAUUUUAAAAGCAAUACUAUGGAUGAAUAAAUUCAUACACUAGUUCUUUGAAGAGAGUGACAUAAGACAGACCUCUGACAAACAUGAUCAUAGCCACGACUGGGAAUCCCUAGGCAAUGGUCCCAGUUCAGAGCGCUGAAGUAACUCAACAUACGGGAAGGGGGGGAGAAAAAUGUCAAGAAAGUUUUCUUUCAAGCCUUCCCUAAAGGAGAGGCUUUCAUGUAACCUUUAUUCUCUCUGUGUAGCUUCCCAAGUUUCCCAAUACUGAGGGAAAAAAAUGAGGAAAGAAGGUGUAGUCUUCUAAUCCAAUUUGGUUUAAUGACAAAUUUGCCUUUGUGUUUUUAAGCAGCAAGUUACUUUCAUCUUUUAUCUCAUUUGGAAGGGUUUCUAUUUCUGACUAUUGAACUGUACUCUGGGGUAGAACCUAGCAACACCUCAGAGAAAUGAAGAAAGUUUUCUCACUGGAUUUAAAAAUUCCUUCUAAAUAACAUCAGGAUUAUACAUGACUAUUAAGAGUAUACUUCAUACUGAGAGAAAACAUAAUGUGAAGAGGCUAUAACUAUGGGGGUGGGGGUAGGGGUAUGGGAAGAAUGAGUGAAAGGGAGUGGGAGAGACACACUUCCAGUUAUGGAAUGAAUAAGUCACAGGGUUGGAAGGUAAAGCAUAUGAAGUAUAGUCAAUGAUACUGUAAUAGCACUGCAUGGUGACAGAUGGUAGCCACACUUGUGAUGAGCACAGCAUAACAUAAUAGACUUGUUGAAUCACUAGGUUUUACACCAGAAACUAAUGUAACAUUGUGUGUCAACUACACUUCACAAUAAAAGUUGCUUGUUUAUCUCCCAAUAAUAUGUAAGAAUAAGUAUUACAGAGGUGUGUCAGGUCGUUAAUGAAACCAUUUUUUCCUGGAUUUUAUAAUUUUGUGGUAUUUGUUAAAAUUUUUUUUUAAUUUGCUAUAUUUCCUUUCCUCAUUCUAAGAAUUUUUAUCAUUGUACCUAAUUUUGUUUCUAUAAUUUUGUGUUCUUUUUCUUAGAGCCCUCAAAUAUAUACAAACUUCAAAUCAAAACCCGUGUGUAUGCAUGUUUGUGUGUGUGUGUGGGGGGGUGCGCGUGCAUGCGCACCCACACACAUAAGAGAGAAUAAGUAUGAAAGAAUACAUAUCAAAUGUUUAUCAGUGAUCACCUUUUCAAGAAUUGUGGGGGACUAAGUUUUU